AUGGGGAAACAGAACAGCAAGCUGACCCCCGAGGUGAUGGAAGAUCUGGUGAAGAACACAGAAUUCAAUGAACAUGAGCUGAAGCAGUGGUACAAGGGCUUCCUGAAGGACUGUCCAACUGGACGCCUUAACCUUGAUGAGUUCCAGCAGCUCUAUGUGAAGUUCUUCCCUUAUGGUGACGCAUCAAAGUUCGCCCAGCAUGCGUUCAGGACUUUUGACAAGAAUGGCGAUGGCACCAUCGACUUCAGAGAGUUUAUCUGUGCAUUGUCCAUCACAUCGCGGGGUAGUUUUGAGCAGAAGCUCAACUGGGCCUUUAACAUGUAUGACUUGGAUGGAGAUGGCAAGAUAACCCGGGUGGAGAUGCUGGAAAUCAUUGAGGCAAUCUACAAGAUGGUCGGCACUGUGAUCAUGAUGAAAAUGAACGAGGACGGGCUGACGCCCGAGCAGCGGGUGGACAAGAUCUUUUCCAAGAUGGAUAAGAACAACGACGAUCAGAUCUCACUGGAUGAGUUCAAAGAGGCGGCCAAGAGCGACCCUUCCAUUGUAUUACUCCUGCAGUGUGACCUCCAGAAAUAA